UACAACACAGGAAAGGAACUUGAGCACUAUCAUAUAGAAAAUGUCCUCUCAGAAAGGUUUGCGGUGGAGGAAACCGGCAUUGAAGCCUAUCCUGACGAGCCAGGCAAACAAGCAAGUGGUCAAUGUAGUAGACGAAGAAGGGGAAGAACCGCUGAGCCCAUCGGCUAGGCUCUUUCAUGAGCCCAACUUCAAUGUAUACAUCAUAGCCAUCAUGGGCUGCAAGAACCGAAUCUACCCGGAUCUUAUCAGGGCCAACUUGGGCCACACCUUGCUCAGGCAUCCCCGGUUCUCUAGCUUGCAGGUUGAAGACAGGAACGGUAAGCUGAAAUGGGCGAGGACUGAGGUGGACUUGGAGAAGCACGUAAUAGUUCCAGAGCCAGAACCAAACAGCAUAGAGUUUCCGGACGAGUGGGUCGAAGACUACAUCUCCAACCUCAGCAAGACCACCAUUGACAGGUCACAACAGCCAUUGUGGGACCUUCACCUCCUCAACAUUAAGACUUCGGAUGCGGAGGCCACCGUGGUGCUCAGGAUCCACCACUCCCUCGGCGAUGGAUCCUCUCUCAUGUCCCUCCUGCUCGCCUGCACCCGACAAAUCUCCAACCCAGAUGCUUUGCCCACUAUUCCUAGUAAGAAGAAAAACCAGCUGUCCUUGUGCGGGUCUGGAGCAGGCAGGAUUCAGAGAUGGAUUGUCCGGCUGUGGUGGUUCACAGUGCUGAUUUGGAACACCGUUGUGGAUGUCUUUAAGUUUGCCGUGACAGCAGUUUUCCUGAUGGACACGGAGACUCCGCUCAAGGCUUCUCCUGGGGUUGAGCUCCGUCCUCGACGGUUUGUUUAUCGAACCAUUAGUCUGGAUGACAUCAAGUUGAUUAAGAACGCCAUGAACGCUACAGUAAACGAUGUUGCUUUGGGCAUUACACAGGCGGGUCUGUCCCGGUAUCUUAACUGUAAAUAUGGUGAAAUGAGGAGGAGCAGUGGAACAGCAGAGGUCGAGAAUAAUCUUCCAAAGAACAUCCGCCUCCGAUCAACACUGCUCAUGAACUUAAGGCCAGCUGCAGGAAUUCAGGCAUUAGCUAAUAUGAUGGAGAAGAACACGGAAGCGAAGUGGGGAAAUUGGAUCGGAUAUGUACUCCUCCCAAUCGAUAUUGCCCUCCACCAAAAUCCUCUGGAGUAUGUCCGCAGAGCUAAGACUACUGUCGAUAGGAAGAAGCACUCUCUCGAAGCCAUAUACACCUUCUCUAUAGCAGAGGUUGUUCUCAAGCUUUUCGGGAUCAAGAGAGCAAGCGCUCUUUCUCGCAGAGUUAUUAUGCACACGACCAUGUGUUUCUCGAACUUGGUUGGACCUGUCGAGGAGAUUGGCUUUUAUGGGCAUCCAAUGACAUUCCUAGCUCCAGGUUGCUAUGGCCAACCCCAUGGCCUGAUGAUUAAUUUCCAGAGUUACGUGAACAAGAUGACAUUCGUUGUUUCUGCUGAUGAAGACACUAUCCCUGAUCCUCACCAGCUCUGCCAAGACAUUGUCAAGUCCCUCGAGCUCAUCAGGGAUGCAGUCAAAGAGCCGAGGGCUCGCCAAACAUGAUGAGUGUUGCUGUCAUCAGCACAUACAUACUUUCUAAUCCCCUGAAGAUGGCGUGUAAGAUAAAUCUUGUGAACUAUCUAGUUAAGCAGAAAAUGGGUCAAUGAGGAAACUACACGGAAACUUGGUUUCCAACAACAGAGACCUCAUGCUUUCUUCUUUUCACAUGUCGCAGUUCAAACCGAACAAGAAAUGCACAGACGGACUUUGUCUAUGCCAAAUAUCAGUGCCCGGUGAAAAGAAUAUCAAGAGUCAUAUACAUUUAGAUCAAAUGAACAAAUAAGUCAUAGCUUGGGCAACCGUAAGAAACAUCUUCAAAUGGCAAAUGCUAUGGGUUUUAUACUGCAGAGAAUAGGUAUCCAAAGUAAAUGCUAAGACAAAAUCGCCUACAUUCAAAACCGACCUCGA